AUGAGUAUUAGUAUUAUAAGUAAUAAUAGUAUAAACAAUAACAACAGCAAUAUUAUUGUUUGUUGUUCAACUAAUCUAUUACAAAAUAACAUUAACAUUAACAACACCAAUAAUAUCAAUAAUAGUUGUGAUAGUAGUGGUAAUAAUAUUAGUUCAAAGUUAAAUCAUACUACUAUUAUUAAUAACAACAACAACACAAUCAUCACAACGAAUAUAAACAUACCUCCACAGAUAGCUCGAACAACAGAAGUCAGUCCUUCUACAUUAAAAGGAUUAAAGAAAGGUCAAUUCUUGGUUUAUUUCUUUGGCUCAAGAGAUUACGGAUUUAUAACAGAUAAACAAAUAAAGAGAUAUAAUACAAAAGACCUUAUGUCUCAGAAACUAAAGGCGGGCGAUAUAAAGAAAAUGAAUAAGGCUAUCGAAGAGGCCAAUGAGUGGGCUGACAACAACAACAGCAGAGACUACCCUGUUUUCAUACCGGAAACAAAGAAGGCAAAGAAAACACAGACACAAGACAGAGACUACACUCCCACCAAGAAGAAACCUGUAGCUGCAAGAGGUGGUAGAAGAGGAAGGAUAACUGUAAAGAAAGAACCUCAAUAUCAACAAAACUCUGAAGAGAUAUUCGAUAGUAUAAACUAUGAUCAGCAAUCAAUAAAUUCAACACCAUCUACCAAUAAGAAACGUUCACCAUUACCAUUUAUAAAAGAUAUUAAUAAUAAUAGUAAUAUUAAUAAUAGUAAUAAUAAUAUUAAUAUUAAUGGUAAUAAUAAUAAUGGUAAUAAAUUAUUUGGUACACCACAACAAUCACAACAACAAGCAGCUAUUACACCACUUUCACAUAGAAGAAAACAAUUAGAGUUUCCUUUAUCACCUUUUAAACCGACGACAAUGAACUCACCGAUGGUAAAGAAGGAGAAGGAUAUAGUGUUGGACUUUAACCUGAUACAACCAGAUCAAAUCGAGCUGGAGCUAAUUCAUCUGCUUGGCUUGUAUGGUCCGAUUUCACUCGAAGAUCUCAAAUUAAGAUCAUACCUACUUGAAGACUUGGUAAUGAGAGACUAUCUAGAGGUCGUCUCAACCUACGAGUCUACAAAUGAUCAAUGGACUUUGAAGAACGAAAAGUAUAGCUUGAUCAAUGAGACAUGGCAUGGAUAUAACAAUGAACAAGAUAAGAUAAUCAUUAGAGAUCGUAAGAGAAUUGCUCUUUCCAUAUUAGAAAACAAUAGUAAUAAUAACAAUGAUGAUAAUAAUAAUAGUAAUGAUAUUAGUAAUAAUAAUAAUGAUAUUAGUAAUAAUAAUAAUGAUAAUAGUAAUAAUAGUAAUGAUAUUAGUAAUAAUAAUAAUGAUGAUGAUAAUAAUGAGAAUGAUACAAGUCAUGAUUUAGAUAGAACACAAAAAGAAUUAAUUUAUAAAGCGACAUCAACGACAACAACGACUACAACUACAUCACCAACGCAACCUACUUUAAUGAUUUCUAAAAAACCUCAACCACAAAUAAUGAAUACACCAAAGAAAAAUAAAUCAGCACCACCAACCACCACCACUUCAACAGCUUUUAAAGAUACACUCGAUAUUAUUACACCAAUCAAAUCGAAAUCUGCACUUUCAUUUUCAAGUUACUCGACGAUCUCUGCUUUGGAUGGUCAACACGAGAACAACACCUCUACAGAGUCUGGUGCAAGCGAUUUCAAGUCACACGACCUACUUCAACCAAACUCUGAGAUGGACACAACCAUACCUCUGCUCGAUGACAAUCCAUCGUCACUGCCAGACUACAACGACUUUGAAGAGGAAAUAGAAUGUACACAAUCCAACACCGUUGUAGUCAACAGUGGUAGUGCUAAUGCUAGUGGAAGUAGUCAACCCGGUAGUAACAACAGUAGUAAUAAUAGCAGUAGUAGCAAUAAUAAUAAUAAUACAUUAGCAACAUCAACAACUACGACUACAACAACUAUCAAUAAUAUAUAUUUCAAUAAUAAUUUUUCAAAUAACAAUAUCAUACCUAUUAAUAGUCAAGCGACACAAGUCACUCAAACACCACCAACACCACCCUCUUCACACAACAACAGCUUUAAGAUUUCCUCGACACCCUACUCCUCACCUGGCAUUCCAGCAACCCUGAUAGUGUCGCCUUCAAGUUCACACAAGAAAAAACCAAACAACUUUUACAACUCAUCUCCUGAUGAUUCUUCGGAUGGCGAUUAUAUAGCACCGACCAUUCCAAUCAAUUUUGGAAGUCCAAUGGAAAAUGAUAAUAAUAACAACAAUAACAAUAACAAGAAUAAUAAUAAUAAUAAUCAUAAUCAUAAUCAUCAAAAUACAUCAACUAUCAUCAUUGAUCAAGCACAUCUCAAAGAGAUUGUCAAUGAUUCCGAACAAUUAAAAUCGGUAAUCAAAGAUUCGAUUACCGAUCUAUUUUCAACACAUUUCAAACAACAUGCUUUUAAAGAUAUUAAAUCGCUUGUAGAGAAGGAACUUAACAACAAAGUCAAUGACAUGAAAGAGAGUAUAGUGGAAGAGUUGCAAGAACAAAUCGGUAAAGAAUCAAAGAAAAGAAAGAAAUCGAUUCAAACAAUCAUUCAUACGCUUACCGAUUUGGAACAAACCAUUUGUACAUUAAAACAAAAUCUAGAGAAAUUGGUUGAUUAA